AUGGCGGCAGCCGCCCCUAACCCGGAGGAUGUAAACCGGACCGGCGGUGGCAACGGCACGACGAGUUCUUUGGCCGGGGACGGAGACUCGGAAGAGGCCGAGGGCUUUAACUCCACCACUCAUUGCUCGGAGCUGUCUCGUCGGCAGAACGAGCAGCGGAAGCAGGGGCUGUUCUGCGAUGUGACGCUGGCCUUCAGCAGCGGCGGGGCCGCCGGUGGCGUGAGGAGCUGCGAGUUCUCCGCCCACCGCUCCGUGCUGGCGGCGGCCACCGACUACUUCACCCCGCUGCUCGGAGGGCAGUAUUCCGAGUCGCUGUCCCGACGCGUGGAGAUGAAGGAGUGGAGUUCCGAAAUGGGGCCCGACCCGGAGACCGUGGAAAUCGUCAUCCAGUACAUGUAUACCGGGGAAAUACGGGUCAGCACUUGCAACGUCCACGAAGUUCUGGAGCUGGCUGACAGGUUCUUACUGGGCCAGCUGAAAGACUUCUGUGGCGAAUUCCUGAAAAAGAAGCUGAAUCUGACCAACUGCGUGGCUGUGCACAGCCUGGCCCACAUGUACUCACUGGACCAGCUGGCGCUGCGUGCUGCUGACAUGAUCCGGCGAAACUUCCACAAGGUCAUCCAGGACGAGGAGUUUUACACACUGCCCUUCCACCUGGUGCGCGACUGGCUGUCGGACGCUGAGAUCACCGUGGACUCAGAGGAGGUUCUCUUCGAGGCCAUCGUCAAGUGGGUGCAGAGAAACCUGGCCGAGCGAGAGAAGCACUUUGAGGAGCUCUUCCGCCUUUUGCGGCUGCCUCAGAUCAAGCCCACCUACCUGACGCGGGUGGUCAAGUCGGAGCGGCUGGUGGCCGAUCGGGAGGCCUGCCGCCGGCUCGUCUCGGAGGCGGUGGAGGGUCACGCCCUCCGUUUUGAGAGCCAUAAGUCGGCCGAUCUGGAAUUCUGGUCCUCCUACAUGGCCUCCUUCCAGCCGCGCUUCGGCCAGAACAUGGACGUGAUCAUGGUGGUGGGUGGGGUCUCGGAGGGGGGAGACUACCUGAGCGAGUGUGUCGGUUACUUCAUCCACGAGGACCGCUGGGUCAACCUGCCUCACAUCCACAACCAUCUGGACGGCCACGCCAUCGCUACCACCGAGUCGCACGUCUACGUGGCGGGCUCUAUGGAGCCCGGCUUCGCCAAGACCAUGGAGCGCUACAACCCCAAUCGCAACACCUGGGAGCAGGUCAGCAACCUGACCACUCGCAAACACUCGUUCGGGCUCACCUGCAUCAAAGACGUCCUCUACAGCAUCGGGGGCCACGGCAACUUCAGUCCCGGCUUCAAGGACGUGAGCGUCUACGAGCCCGAGCAGGAUAAGUGGCACAACCUGGAGUCGGCGCCCAAGAUCCUGCGGGACGUGAAGGCGGUGAGCGUAGAGGACCGCUACGUGUACGUGACGGCCCGCACGCCCGUAGACACGGACAGUGACGACGGGCUGAAGACCAUCACCACGCGCUACGAUACCGAAAGCAGGCAGUGGCAAGACAUGGAGUCCUUGCCCCUCAUCGACAACUACUGCAUCUUUCAGAUGGCUGUGGCGGCCACCAACUUCUACCACACCGCCUCCUGCUGCCCCAAGAGCUACGCGGUGCGAGACGAGGUGGCCCGGCAGAAGGUCGGCACCCGCGCCUCCGACGAGAUACUAGAAAGCUUGCCGCCCGAGGUCACCAGCAUCGAGGGGGCCGCCAUCUGCCACUUCGGAGAGGAUGUCUUCAUCAUCGGGGGCUGGAAGAACAGCGACGACGUGGACAAGCAGUACCGCAAGGAGGCCUAUCGCUACUGCGCAGAGAGGAAGCGCUGGACUCUGCUCCCGCCAAUGCCGCAGCCGCGGUGCCGGGCCACCGCCUGCCACGUUCGCAUCCCGUACCGCUUCCUGUACGGCUGCCAGCGAUACCCCAUGCCUCAGAACCUGGCCCGACAGCGGGACCGCAUGCAGCAGAUGCAGCAGCUGCACCGCCGCACCCUCACGCUGCGCAGGCAGCUGCAGUCACAGAUCGAGUGCUGAGCUUUCGCCUUCCUGCGCAAACUACGCGGUCGUCGUCAUUGCAGUGCCUAACCUGCCCACUAGAUGGUCUUGUUUCUGUUUCUGUUGUUUAGUUUGAAGUCGAAUAGUUCAAUGUCAUGUGGCAGUAAUGUGACCAACACCAUUCCGCACAGUGACAGUUUCAAAUCGCAGUAUUUUGUUUUCAGAGGAGUUCGAUUUUUGUUUUAUAUACAUGUAUUUAUAUGUCUUAUGUUCGUUAAUUUAAUUUCUAUCCUUGAAAAGUAUUACGGAAUUCUCCUCUGCUUUGGACCUCUGUUGUUAUUACCGUGGAAGAGGCUGCCAUAAGAUGUGGGGAAGUGUCCAGCAGGGUGUGCUGUGAACCAGCAUUUAAUUCGUGCACAGAGAUGAUCUCUGGAUGGGAUCUGAGGAGAUAAUCCGCUAGAAGUCGGCUAGACACAUCAUAUCACGGCAUGUGUAAUGGCCGUUACGAUUUCUUGAUACGUUAUUUGAUUUUAAACAGGAAGCCACGGCAGCCUGCUUAGUAGCUGACAGACGGCAGCUUUUUGAAGAUUUCUUAAAGGAAUGGAACAAAUGACUAUACAUUCCUCUAUGAUGCACUUGAUCUCUAAUCGAUGUCUUAAGUGGCUAAUGUAGCACUGAGUCUUAGAGAUGGCGAGGGAACAAUGGAAUGGGCAAGUUUGGUUUUUGUUAGGUGGGCACUCUGAGAGGUGACUGGAAAGGGGAAACGGGGUGACAAUAUCCCGGCAUCUUUACUGUCGUCGGGAAGCCAGGGACAGUCGGCUGCCAAACUCUCACCCGAUCCCCAAAACACAAGGAACUCAAAGAAUUAUUUUGAAAUGGGAUCCACCUGCAAAAUGGAAUCCAACACAACAGACAGUGGUUAUAUUCCUACAACUAUAUACCAACACAUUCCAUAAAUACAUGUAUAAACACAGAAACUAUUAUUAUUAUUAUUAUUUUAGCAAAUGCAUUCUUUUGGGGUGAGUUGCACUGCCAUUUUUUCCAUUUUGUUACGCUGGUCUACUGGACCAAUCCUGGAGUAUCCAGUGAAGAUUACGCCACCAGUGCUGUGAGUCCUGGGACUCACCAGUCCAGCGGUCUGAUGACAUCAACACACUACAUUCCUCUCACUGUAAAUGUUUGGACAGUUGUGUAUCAAAGUAUUGAUUUUUAUUACAUUAAUAUGAGUACCAAUAUGUGUAACCGCCCGCUGUGUGCACAGGGUAGGGUUGCAGAAAACACUCCGCUUAUGUAUAAUUAUUCUGAUUUUAGUGCAGAUGCUAAUACAGCUAGAGCUUGCUUGACCGUACUCCUUGUAGAAGAGGAGAUGGAGACUUUUGCAUUUAUGGUGGAGAACAACGAUGCUAUGAAUGCUUUGAGAUAAAAAUGCCAGUGGCGAUGGUGGAAAAAUGAUUCAAAGUCAGUGAUAGGUAGGAUCUUCUUGUACUGUCAAACACUAACUGGUUCAGCCUACGAUUUCUAGUGGUUGGUAAUCUUCAUGAAUGUCUCUGCAUCUGUAGGGUGUCUAGUGGAGAGUGGGUUUUCCAAUAUUGCCUCUAGUUGGCCCCGUUUUUCUGAUGGCUAUUCUGUGACGAUCGUUACUGAAAACCUAAAAUGGAAAUUUCCGCUCGUCGCUGGUUAGCACGAACAGGUUAGCGGAUUGUCUGUUCCGUUUAUCUCUUUUGGGUGCAAAGUUGAAUGGCUACGCUAUGCUAACUCUGUCAGGAGAAAAUGGGUCCUAUUCCUUUAAGGCCACUUACGUAGGCACUGUGACGUUGCCAUUGAUAGUUAAGCUAUUAGUUGUGCCAUUCCUGCACAUUAAUAAAAGUAGCGUGGGUAGCUCUGCAGUUAGUAGAUCUGCUGUAUCCCGCUUCUCUUUUGUCAAUGUACAGAAAUUUGAAAUGUUACAUGGUUUAUAUUUUGCUUUGCAUGUGAAAUCAGUCAGUACAGCAGACAUAGUGAAGUAAAUGCUGUAAUUAAUAUUUACAAUAAAUUUUUUGUAUGAU